AUGAAUACCGAGGGAGUAGAAAUUGUGGAAAUAAAAUGUCCCGAAUGCAAGAAAGAUAUAUCUUUUUGUUUUAGACCUACUGAUUUUCGAUCUUAUUAUUGCAGACCUUGCAAUUCCGAACAUUUUCGUAAUGAAUUUGAAUUUUGGAAUAGUGGUGACUUGAAUGUUGAUAACUUAAUUAGAGAAUCGCAACUUAAUGCAAAUCGUAUACAAGAACUAAUUGAAUGGAUAGACUAUUCGAAUCUCGAGGAAUUUAAACACAUUGGAGAUGGUGGUUUUGGAAGCGUCAGUAAAGCUAUUUGGAAAGACGGGCCAUUAGUACACAUAGGGUUCGUGUGGAGCAUUGAAAAAUCGAAAUGGAAACGAGUUGGUAAAACUGAAGUAGCCUUGAAAAGACUUCGAAAUUCUACAAAUCUAACAUUGGAUUUUUUAAAUGAGAUUAGGUGCAAUUUAAAUUUUAAUAGCUUUGGUAUUAACCGGUUGUAUGGUAUUACUCGCGAUCCUCAAACAAAAGAAUAUAUUAUAGUCUCUGAGUUUAAGUCUGAAUUUAUAGCAAAAAGAUCUUUGAUUCCAACAAUUUCGGAUUUUGGCUUAUGUCGUCCAGCCAAUGAAAAUUCGGUCAAUCAAUCACUAUAUGGAGUCUUGCCAUUUGUGGCGCCAGAAGUAUUACGUGGAGAAAAGUUUACUAAGGCAGCAGACAUCUAUGGGUUCGGUAUGAUCAUGUUUGAAAUAAUCUCUGGAGAACCACCGUUUAUUGACAGAGAGUAUGAUGUUCACCUAGCACUCGCUUUAUGUGGUGGUGAACGUCCGCCAAUUCCAAAAUAUGCGCCCGAACCAUAUAUCAAAUUAAUGAAUCAAUGUUGGAACCCUAUUCCUACUAAUCGCCCAACUGCCAAUGAGUUGUACGAAGAAUUUCAAAAGUGGUGGAAUGAAUUCGACCAGGAUCAUGUUUUACUACAAUCAUUUACCAAAGAACGAGAAGAAGUGUGGAGAGCACGAUUAAGGGAGUUGGAGGAAAACCCACGACCUCUAAUGGCAUCACAGAAUUUGCUUACUAGCAAAUUCCUUGAUUAUACCAGACAACUGGGAAGGAAUGUCGUUAAUAAAAUCGGAACAAGUAAUGACGCAUAUAUUACUCGUCAACUUGAUAAAUCGUUUACUUUAGAAUUGAAAAACUUUGAACAAAAUGAAUAA